UUUCUUUUUGCCUCUUUCGCGACCCCAGGCUAUUACCUAACCUCAUAUUUCCGCACAUCUCACCCAAAGCUUGUCAUUGUUUCUGUUCUGUGCCACUGGUUUCUAAGCGGAUGGAGCUGACGGCGCAGCAGCUGAAGGGUUUCGACGGUUCGGACCCGAGCAAGCCCAUCUACGUCGCGAUCCGGGGGACGGUCUACGACGUCACCUCCGGCAAGGGCUUCUACGGCCCCGGCGGCUCCUACGCCGUCUUCGCCGGCCGGGAGGCGAGCCGGGCGCUGGCUAAGAUGAGCAAGAACGAGGAGGACGUCUGCGGCAACCUCGACGGCCUCUCCGACAAGGAGAUCGGCGUCCUCCAGGACUGGGAGAAGAAGUUCCAGGCCAAAUAUCCUGUAGUCGGCCGCCUCGCCGCUUGAAAUCCCUUCAGUCUAUCCAUCCCAGAAUAAAAGAUGCGAACUUGAUACUUAUUGAGGUUUUAUUUCGUGUGCCUGCUGUCGAUUAGUGCUUGUCGAUGGAUUUUAUCUUGUUCGAUAAUGAGGGGAGGUCAGGUUGUGUAUACAAUUUACUAAAUAAGUGAAGACUCCGUGUGUGAAUUCAGUAAGCUGUUGCCUUCGUUAUCGAAAUCCGAUGUAAUAACCGAUUCGAUCUAUACAUCAUAAUUAGGGCUUGAUUUGUAUGGGAUUCGUGAAUUGAUGCUUCUUGACGGCUUUUGUUCGAUUUGGCA